UCAAGAUCCGCCGAGAGGGAAUCAACCCCGCGUCUUACAUAACAAUCAUAUCACCCAACCUCUCAACGCUUGACCUUCCGAGGAAAAUACAAUGUCGCUGACCUCCAUCUCAUACUUCCCGAGUCAAAUAUUCAAGCGUCCUACUUUGAGACCAAAGCUAUCACAUCUAGAUUUCAAAAGCCCAAGAUCACGGAAAAUGUCCUCAAUGGUUCCAGAAAUACGACUUGCGGUUCUCCACCAAGCUAUCGAACUACCACUUAUAAAUGGUAUCAGAAAGCCUAUGAAGCCAGGAGGAUACCAAGACUCCAGCGCCGACAUCGCCUACACACUCUCUAAGUCCCUUUCUGAGCAGCCCAGCAUCGAAAUCCACACCCCCAUCCUCUCUCCCUCACCUACUAACCAAACCCACUGGUCUUUCCCCGACACCACAUCAGGAAUCUUCUCUGCCCUCCGAAAUGGCACCACCACCCACCUCUGGGCGAACACAAUCCUCUUCUCUGCACACCCGCUCCAGAACCUGCCUGCUUUAGACGCCUACCAAGAUAGUCUUCGAAUCAUUGCUCAACCGCCCAAGUUGGUGGAGACUGGUGACGAUAAAGCGAAGGUUAAUGAUUUCCUAAGGUCUUACUCCACAAACUCGAGUAAAGAAUGUGGGAAGUUUACGUUACCGCAAGGAUGGACAAUAGAUACUUCUCCAGAAUUGGACAUCUAUACUACGUUGAAAGAACUGUAUUUGCCGUAUCCAGUAGUCGGCAAGCCAAUCCGCGGCAGAGGCAGUUUUGGUGUAAAAGUCUGUCACGAUACAGACUCCCUAGCAGCACACUUCUCUUUACUAUUCAAGGACUCAUCAAGCGUGAUGAUCGAAGAAUAUCUCAGCGGCGAAGAAGCCACAGUGACGGUCAUGCCGCCUUCGCCAUCACAUGCAACUCAUUGGGCAUUACCUAUCGUAACGAGGUUUGGGCAUGAGCAGGGCGUGGCGCCGUAUAAUGGCAUUGUAGCCGUGACUGCUAACUCGAGGGUUGUCACUCAGGAAGAGUGUGAGGCGGGUGUAACUUAUGGGGAGGUGAUGAAGGAGUGUGAGGGCGUUGCAAAAUUGCUCGGUGCAACGGCGCCCAUCAGAGUUGACGUGCGGAGAUUUGGGAAGGCAAAGGAGAAUGGGGAGAGGUUUGCGUUGUUCGAUGUUAACAUGAAGCCAAAUAUGACCGGCCCUGGAAGACCGGGACGAGAUGAUCAGGCAAGCUUAACGGCUAUAGCUGCGAAGGGUCUAGGAUGGGACUAUAAGAGGCUGCUAAGGGAAAUGAUUGAGAGUGCGCCUACACUGAGGGCUCUGAGGGAAGUGGAGUUGCUGUUGUAG